UUAUUUUCAGCAUAUUUUCAGUACAAAAUUGAGCAUGAAAGUGAAAAGAACGUGUAAAGGAAUAAUUUUAUUUUAAACAAAAUUUUAGAGAACGAAAAAUAUUUAAAAAACCGCAACACAAGUAUUAGUAUUAGUCAGCAACAAUUUAGUUUAUUUUGAAAUAAAAGAAAAAAUAAAAUAAAUAUUCUAAAAUACCAAAAAAAGAAAAAACGAAAAGUUUGUGUGUGUAAAUGUUUGCUUCAAAAUGUUCAUAUUCAAGUUUGUACCAAUAAUGAAAAAUUUAUUGUUUAUACAAUUUUAGCGUAAUUGAUAUUUAUGAAAAUAAAUACCAAUAACAAAAAAACAAACAAAAAUUUUAAAUUACAAAGAAAAAAAAAUAAGUGGAAAUUUUAAAAAGCAAGCAGGAAAAGCUAAGUAGAGCAAGAACAAAAAAAAAUUAAUGGACUUUUUAUAAAAAACAACUUAAAAAAACAAAUACACAAAAUUAUACAAAAAAACCGACUGAACAUCGCUAUGACUGCAUUCGAAACGCACUCGUUUGUGGUAAUAAUAACAUUACUUUCAUCCUUCAUAAUCACAGCUUCCGCUAUACAAUGUUAUAAUUGUGAAUCGGUAUCGGAAACCAAUUGUGGCGAAGACUUUAACAUGGAGGAGUAUUUUAAGAUCGAUUGUGAUCAGGUGGCCCCACCACGUUAUCUUUCAAAUGAUUUGGAAUAUUUAAAUGCAACAGCUUGUAUGAAAAAAAUCUAUAAAGAAUAUAAAGUCCUAAAAUACGUACGCAGCUGUUAUUUUGGCGAUGUCAAUGACACUGAAAUUGGUUGUCGCAUGGAUCCAUCCAUGAUGGAUUUUCAAGAUGUACAAUGUUUUGUCUGUGACAAUGAGAAUUUUUGCAAUAAAGCUUGGAGCAACAAGGUUGUGUCUAAUUAUUUAGUAAAAUAUUUAUCAAUAUUAAUAUUUAUUUUAAUGGCACAGUUUUUAAAUUAGAAUAAUUCAUAAGAAGUCCUUUAAAAGUGAAAUCUAAAAGAAUGUAACCAUUUCCAAUAUUGUUUGUUUAUAGUGUGUAGUUAAAAUGUUUAAAUUAAUUCUUGUUACAUUAAUAAAUAGAAACAAAAAGCUAUAUUUCCCCCUUCCA